CUGAGAUCUGCUGUCUGUCUUCCAAAGGAGGAAAAUGGCUUAAUUAAAGUCCCUUAAUGACCUCAAAGCAGAGAGGACAACAGUUAAAAGACUUUUCUCCCGUUUUGCAAAUAACAUUAUGAGGACCUACAUGGAGAUGUCUAAGGAGGAACUGGAGGAGAACUACAAGAAGCUUACACUGGAGAGCUCCAAAGUUAUGGAGGCAAAUGAGGAUGUGGAGGCUGCUUAUAUGGCUGAGUGCAAAGCAAUUGCAGCUGAGGAGCUGAGUAAUCUUCAGAAAGCCGACAUAGAGGAGACGGAGGAAGAAUGUGAACAAAAGCUUAAAGAUGCGAAACUCCUUAUCCGAGAGACAAUGUGGGCCACAUAUGGAGAGAAGGAACUGUCCCUGGCUCUACACGUUGCAGAGGAUGAGCGCAAGAAUGUUUCCUCCAUUGGGCCAGACACAACUCUGGAGGCAUACGAGUUUAUGCUCACCCAUUUGGAGAAAUUGAUCCAGAAGGCAAAGGAAGCACACCAAAAUUGGAACUGUUGGGCCCCACCUGCCGAGGAAAAGGAUUUUAACUACUGUGUAAGGGAGCUAGAGGUGUGCCUCCCUAGGCUGGUAUCCCAGAAGGCUGUCUUUAUCAAAGCAGCAAGUAAGAAGGAUACAACAGAGGAAAAAGCCUUAGUCCACAGCCUACCUCCAGUAGCUGCAAUAAAACUGAAAGCCACAGCUUUACCAAAGUUUGGUGGAAGUAAACGAGACUAUUACAGAUGGAGAAAAGAAUGGGAGGCUCCCCAGAAGCAAGGUGAACCAUCUGGUUUGAAAGAAGUAAAGAAGUUUCAAUUGCUUGAUAGUCUCAAGGAGAAUGUGGCUAAGGAUUUACGCCUGUCAACAUACAAUUCAUCAGAUGAGAUCUUCAGAGUCCUGGACAAUCGUUUUGGGAACAAAGCUACCAUUGCUCUUGAGAUUAUUGAAGAAUUACAAGCAAUUCCACCAGUGAGAAAUGGUCAACCUAGACGAAUAAUAGAACUCAUCCAAGCUUUGGAGAAGGCUCUUAGUGACUUAAAUGAGCUAGGAAAUGUAGAUGCCAUAAAGAAUCCGCUGGUGACUAAAUCCAUAGACAGUAAGCUUCCAGAAACUUUAAAGAAAGACUGGCUCACCCAUAAUGCAAAUGAGAAAGACACCAGUCACCAGAAUUACUUUGACAAGCUUAUGGUGUUCCUUAGAUCACAAGAAUCCAUAUAUGAACAACUAGAUCAACUGAAAGACCUUGUUGAACCCAUCAGAGAGAAAUCCAAGUUCUUAAAAUGUGCCAAAACCAAGACAACCAAGCACGGCAGUGACAUAUCAGGCUGCAUUGUUUGUGAUCCAAAGCACAGGAAGAAACUGUAUUUCUGCAGAAGGUUUAGGAUCAAUCUAAAGCCAUCAGAGAAGAGGGAUAUAGUUCAGCAACUCGGUGCCUGCAAGAGAUACCUUGAAAUCCAUAAUGGGGACUACUGUAAGAAAACUGAUUACCUGUGAAAGAACCCAGAGUGUAAAGACCAACACCACUUUAUUCUCUGCUUACUCGCUAGACCACAGUCCCUAAAAACACCUAAAUCUGGUUCAGAAAAAGCGGAGGACAAAAUACAUACUGAAGCCCAACAAUAGUUUCUUUCCAAACUCUCACCUGAGCUGGCUCAGCAAUGUAAAGAUGCUUUCUGCAAUGUUGUGUCAAGGGCACACAACUCCACUGUUACUAAAACAGGCCUUCUAGAGGAGAAUGGAUUAAAUGAGUCCUGAUGAUUCCUAAUGUCACAGCCAAUGAUGGACAAAGAAUUGGAACCCUCAUUGACCUGGCAUCAGACACAAACUACAUUACACAUAAAGCUGCAAGUUGAAUCUUAGAAGUGAAGAUGUAACACUUGUGGUCCAUGGUGUUGUAGGGAUGCAGGUGUCUGUUUAAACGAAGCGCUAUCUCCUUAAGAUACGUGUCAAUAUUCCAAGAGGGACCCUCAAGUCGCAUCAACUGAUCGGCUAUGGGCUUGACAAGAUCGCAGGAGUUCAUAGACAUGUUCCUGUCACAAAGCUUCAGAGGAUUUUUCCAGAUGUCUCCUUGAAAGACCUUACAAGACCUAAAGAGAUACAGCUCCUGAUUAGCCACAAAGGUCAACUUGUACCUCAGAAAGUUCACUCUAUUGGGGACCUAGUGCUAUGGGAUGGACCACUUGGAAAGACAAUUGGAGGCACACAUCCGGACCUCUUUGAAGAAGUUACCUUAAUGGCCCAUACAUCAGAGACACACUUUGCAAGAUCAAUGAGGACUGCAGCAGUCAAGUACAGUGAACUCACCUGCAAAUCUUCAGUUUCCUGUCAGUCUCCCAAGCACCCUUUCAUUCAAUCCAAUGCAGCCACUACCAGCAAAGACUUUUUGAAGUGGUGGGAAUGGGAAAGCAUCGGAGCAGCCUGCGUGCCAAAAUGUGGAGGAUGUCGCUGCGGGAAUUGCCAACCCGGAGGGAAGGAAGGAAAUGUCUCUGGCUGAGGAGAAAGAGAUGGAAACGAUGAGAAAUGACUUGACUUAUGUGAAUGGUGACCAUCACACCCCUGAACCACACUGGCACGCCAAAUAUCCAUGGACUGACGAUUUGGCUUCUCUCCCCAACAAUAGGAAAGCAGUAGAAGCUACAUUCCUCAGGAUGGAAAAACAGUUGGCAAAGGAACCAGAGUGGAGAUUGGCCUAUGUUUCACAAGUCCAUAAAAUGGUCGAUCGCAAAGCUGCAGUGAAACUGUCCAAAGAAGUACUACAAAGCUGGACUGGGCCAGUGUGGUAUAUAAGUCAUCUGAUUGCACCAAAUCCACAUUCCAUAUCUACUCCAGUGAGGCUAGUGUGGAACAGCAGCCUGAAGUCCAGAGGUCUGAGUUUGAAUGACAUGUUGAUUAAAGGUCCUUAUGUCUUAAAUCUGAUCAGAGCUGUCCUCCUGAGGUUCUGAGCUGGUGUCUUUGCCGCCCUUGGUGACAUCCAAAAACUGUACAACUCUGUGUGGUUAGAAGAGAAAGAGGUUCA